AUGGCUUCGACCGCCGCCCCCGACCAUGUCGACGGCGCUGAGCCCGGCUCUCUCGCGGACCAGCUCCGCCAGAACCACACCGUGACCGUCGAAGACGCCGAAGAUCCCGAUCUCCCGCAGCAUUCGCCCCAGCCCGCGGCUGCCAAGGCCGCCAGCAAGCAGAAUGCCUCCCCGGCCCCUUCGGCUAGCAUCGACACCCACUCCCACGAGCUGUUCCCCGAACUUGGCGGGCCCAAGAAGGCCAAUACUGCCGUCCCCCCUGUCUGGAGCGCCAAGACGGCCUCCAAUGGUUCCAAGGCCGACGGCGGCACCCCCGUCGAUGCCGACUCCGGCGCCUCCACCCCGAACGGCUCCCGCGGCGGUCCCCCGGCCCUCUCAAUCCCCGGCCGCAACGUCACCCAUGUGUUCCUAGAACCGCAGCAGAUCAUGCCCCGUGCCCAGCUCAAGCGGCCUAUCCCGGACAUCCUGAAAGAUCUCAACCGCAAGUCCCGUGCCAACGUCACCAUGAGCUCCGCCCCGAACGGCCGUCUUCGCUUCGAGGCUACCGGACCCCAGGACGUCGCCCACCAGGCCCUCAAAGACCUCGUUCAGCAGAUCGGCGCCAAGCAAACCGUCAAGGUAUCAAUCCCCCACUCCUCUAGGUCCCACAUCAUCGGAAAGCAGGGCUCGACCAUCAAGGCGCUCCAGGAGAAGACGGGUGCUCGGAUCCAGCUUCCCAAGGACGCCGGCGCGGGCCCUGUGGAUGAUGACGACGACGCCAUGGUCGAUGUCCUCAUCGAAGGAAAUGCCCUGUCCGCCCGUGCUGCCCAGGAUGCCGUCCUGGCUAUCGCGAAGGAGCGGUCUGCCAACGUUAGCACAAAGCUGCGCAGCAUCCCGGCCGAGUUCUAUCCCUUUAUCGGCCAGGGCUUGGCUUUUGGCGACGAUGUCAACGUGCGGAUACCACCCCACCAGCCAUGGUCGUCACAACCCCCGUCGGCUCCCCCGGCCGGACAGCGGCCCGCCUUCAACCCCGCGCCGUUGGAGAGCUUCAUCCAUCUGGCUGGAGAGCGUGCUGCCGUGCAGGCCGCGCGCGCCGACAUCGAGCGCAAGGUAGAGGAGCUCCGCCAACAGCUGAUGCUGGAGCAGCUGUCCAUCCAGCGGGGCAGGCAUCAGUUCAUCAUCGGCGACCGCGGCGUCCCCAUAGAAGAUUUCUUCGACGAGACGGGCUGUGCCAUCAUCCUGCCGACCGAUGAGGAUGACGACAUGGUGACCAUCGUCGGACCCGCCAGCAAGCUGCAGGCGGGCGCGGAGAAGGCGAUGGAUCUGGCGCUUAACAUGCAAUGCUCGAACCUCGACAUCUCGAGAUUCCACCGCCAGGCGCCGGGCGGCGCCGCCGCACACGCGCGCAACGUGACCCGCUACCUUCGCCAGCGUGAUGAGAUCAAACGCCUCGAGAGGAUGUACAACACCCACAUCAACACCCCCUUCACUCGCGAGGGCGCUCUGCCCUGGGAGCUCUACGCCCGCGAUGGCAAGAACGCCAUCCGUGCACAGUCCGAGAUCAAGGGCCUCGUGGACAGCCACCCCCCUUCGCGCAUGGCCACCGUUCCUAUUGACCCGUUCUUCCACACCUACUUGAGGGACGAGGUCAAGAACAGGGUCAAGGAGACGUAUGGCGUCCAACUGGUCGUUCCUGAGACCUCUGACGUCGGCGCGCCCGUGCUGCUUGUUUUCGAGGAGGUUGCCCCCGUCGACGCCGAGUAUCAGGUCCCGCGCGCUGCCCCGUCCGCAGCCGACGUCAAGGCGUUCCAGGAGGGUCUUAGUGCCGCCAAGAAGCACCUCAUCGACAUCAUUGGCCACCAAGAGCAGAUCACGUCGAUUCCCAUCGACGUGCCUCACAAGUUCCACGACAAGCUCAAGAGGUUCAUCAAGAAGGAGCAGGAGAACCGGGCCCCCGACCAGAUUCGCGUCCGGGUUUCUGCCCUGGGAACCACGGUCACCCUCCGUGGUCCCAAAUCCUCAGUCGAGAGACUCGCUACCAAGGUCGUCGCCUUCAUUCAGCAAGAGACCGAGGACGAGAAGGAGCGCGGCUUCACGCUUGAGUUCGACUUCCCGCAAAAGUUUGCCAAUCAUCUGAUCGGAAAGGGUGGUAGCAACAUCCGCGAGCUGCGGGAGAAGUUUGACGUCGAGAUCCAGGUCCAGGAUGGCAAGGUUGAGCUCAAGGGACCAAAGGCCAAGGCCGAGGCCGCAAGGUCUCACAUCCAGAGCUGGGCUCGCCAGCUGGCCGACGAGAUGACGCACGUGCUGAAGAUCGACCCCAAGUUCCAUAGGGAGCUUAUCGGAACCCAGGGUUCCCAGAUCAACCGCCUUCAGACCAGGUACAAGGUCCUGAUCUUCUUCCCUCGCUCGGCCAAGCCGGCCAAGGAUGAUGACGACUCGGCGGCCGACGCGGCUAGUGAUGCGGGAGCCAAGCAGCGAAGGCAGCAAGCACCCGACGAGGUGCUGAUCAGGGGGCCCAAGAAGGGUGCAGACGAGGCCCGCGACGAGAUCCUGUCCCUGGUCCAGUACUCAAGGGAUCACUCGUACACGGCCACCGUGCCUGUCCAGCAGAAGCAGCUUCCUCAUUUCAUCGGCUCAGGCGGCUCCGUCAUGGACGCUCUCCGCACCGAGACGGGCGCCAAGAUCGACAUCCCCAAUGGCAGGGAAUCUCCCGACACCAUUGUCGAGAUUCUGAUCAAGGGCACCAAGUCUCAGGUCGCGGCGGCUAAGAAGAUCUUGGAGGAAAAGAAGUCGGUGUUCGACGACACGGUCGUCCGGGAGAUCGAGGUGGAGCGCAAGUAUCACAAGGCACUCAUCGGUGCCGGAGGCGCCACCCUCAAGGACAUUGUCGUGUCUGCCGGCGGCUCCGACGACCGCCGCGAGCUGGCCCGUACUGUGCGCUUCCCCAAGCAGGACUCUGACGGCAACACCAUCAAGAUCGAGGGACGCACAGAUAUUGUGGAGAAGAUCGUUGCCAAGAUACAAGAGAUUGUGUCUCAGCGCGAGAGCCAGGUUUCCGAGGUGAUCGACGUGCCCAUCGAGAAGCACAGGACACUGAUCGGCCGCGGCGGUGACGUGAAGCGGCAGCUGGAGGCCAAGUUGAAGGUGUCGAUUGACAUCCCCAAGCAGGGUGAUGGCAAGACGGGCGUCAAGAUAUCUGGCCUGCCCGCCGACGUGGAAUCCGCCAAGGAGCACAUCCAGUCGCUGGUCAAGGAGCAGCAGGGCGAGACGGUCGAGGUGCCGCGCAGCCUGCACCAUGCCGUCUCCAACGGCGGGCAGAUCUUCCGCAAGCUCCGUAACGACCACCAGGUCACGGUCGACCACGCCGGCCAUGCCGUGCCGCCCAAGCCGUCUCAGUCGGCCGGCGCGCGUAGCAACGGCGGCGCGCUGCCGCUCAUCACGGAUGAGCCGGCGGCUGAUGCGCACUCGUGGAAUGUGGUCGAGAGCGCCGGCGCCGGCUCUGACGAGGACCAGGGCAUGAUCCCCUGGGUCCUGCGCGGCCCGCCCGCCGGCAUCGAGAAGGCCAAGAAGCUGAUCGACACGGCGCUGGAGCAGGCCCAGAAGGGCAGCGCCACGGGCUACCUCAACCUGGCGGACCCGCGUACCUGCCGCUUCGUCAUCGGCCAGGGCGGCAGCAAGGUCAACCAGAUCCGCAAGCAGACGGGAUGCCAGAUCACGGUGCCGCGCCAGGGCAGCGACGACGCCAUCGAGAUCGUCGGUACCAAAGACGGCGUCGAGAAGGCCAAGGACCUCAUCCUGGCUGCUGUCGAGGAGGGCUCCCGCGGAGCAAGCAGGGAUUAG